AUGAAAAGUAAAGGAAGAAUGCUUAUAAAUUUGAUAAAAAAGAAAGUAGAAACUUUUGAUAACAAAAAAAGAUGUAAAUUUGCUAAAUCAUUUAAAAAAAUAGCCUUUCCUAUUUUUUUUUUUUUUUUUAUAAUACAUAUAUAUUUUAUAGAAUGUGUAUGCUUUAAGUUAUUAAGAGAACAAAAUAAAUUUAAUUGUGAUAAUUAUUUAUUUAAUAAAAAUAAAGUUACUGAUCAUUAUUCAAGGAAAAAUGAUUUAAAUUACAGAAAUAUUUAUAAAAAAAGUUUAUUUAAUUAUAAUAGAAAAUUUAAAUUAAGAAGUGAAAAAGUAGAUAAUAUAAUUGAAAGUUUAAAGAAAUUAACCUUAUUAGAAGCAAGUGAGUUAGUAAAAAAAAUAGAACUUACUUUUUCAGUAGAUACAAAACAAAAUGUAGAUAAUUCUAAAAAUGACAAAGAGAAUAAACCAGAUGAAUCUGAUUCUAAUUCAAAUGAAGAAGAAGAAGAGGAAAAUAAAGUGUAUGAUUUAAUAUUAGAAAAUAUUGAACCUAACAAAAAAAUACCUAUAAUUAAAAUUGUUAAAGAAAUAAAAAAGGAUUUAAAUCUAAAACAAGCAAAAGACUUAGUUGAUAAUUUACCUCAAACACUUUUUGAAAAAAUUAAUAAAGAAACAGCAGAUAAAUGGAAAGCAAAAUUAACAGAAGCAGGAGGAACUGUUAAAUUAAAAUAA